AUAAAAAGACUGAUGUUGAUGCAUUAUAAUUAAUGGGGAGGAAUUAGAGGUCUUGGUGAAGUAUUAUCUGGAACAUUAUCGGGUUCACUAGAUGUUCAAAGACUUGAGGGGUUUUUUCUGUUUUUUUUUCGUCUCUAUUAAUUAAUUAUGAACUUCAGACGCCUUCGAACGCACUCACUGAGAAAAUUUAAGAAUUAUCUAUACUAGACUUGACAAACGAUUUAUCGUGGGAGAUAUUUUUAAUUUUUAACAAAUUUCAAAAUACGAAUUUCUCAGUCUCAGGUGAAUUUUCAAAAUAAAAAAUAUUUUUCUCUGUUUUUGACAGUCUUCCAUGGCCAUCUACUGCCCUGUUUCAGUUAAAAGUUUGAAUUAUCCUUCAAACAUUUUAUCAGACGUAAUUUCCUUUCAUGUUGAAACAUUGAGCAUGAACGCGGUUGCUAUAAAUAAUCCAACAAAAUUGCGUGUCUUUUUUAUUCUCAAACUAAGUAAUGAGACAUGCAAUCCAAUGUACAUGAAAUCCGGCAUCUGUUCGGCCCAUUAAAAUUAUUAAAAUUCUAGAAUCAUAACUUUCUGAUUAACAAAGUAGAAACCGACAAUUAUGAAGACAGUUAUUAAACCUCGCAGUGAAGGUAAAUAGCCUCAAUUUGCAUUCACUGGUGAUAAUUUCUCCAGAUAUCUAUGACUAUCCUGUCCCCAAACAUAUCACACUGAAAUAAUAAAGGAUAGAAAAUAAUAAUAGAAAAAUCCAUUGAAAUCCGAAUCCCGUCAAUUCUGACAUCAGUUAAUGAGGACAAGAUCUGGGAUCUUCGCCCCCAUGGAAACCAGAAUUAUUGGAAUUCUCCAGGUCCAACAUUAGUCGGAUUAACAGAGUAAAAAACGUCCGUCAUCGAGUCAAUUAUUUGUGCCACUCAGAGAUAUUAAUCUUAAACCAAUAGCAGAUACUUGGCUUAAAAGCUGGAUGGCAACUGUUCUAAAUGUGUACUUGAGAUUCCUCUUCUUCAUCUUUUUUCGCACUCAGAAAUGAAUAACAAAGUGGUAAUAUGAGAUGAGUUGAUAUCACUGUCUUCAUAUCCAACUUUACCAUUCGUCAACAGCGAAUGAAUCUCGUAAUGUAAUAAAUGAAUCAUUCUAUUAAUGUACCUCUGUCCCCCCUGAUAUUGAUAUAUCUCCCUGUGAACGAUGUCCUCUUGCGUGACAUAACGCACUACUCCACACUCCAAGGAUAAACUGCCGCUUGAAUAAUUCAAUAUUUGCCGGUGCAACAGUUUCAUACUCUGCCAGAAUAAUUGCCUCCUUUCAUACUAAAGCAUUAGUUCAACACGCGUUACUGAGGAAAUAGUGAUGCCUCAAAGCCAAGGAUUCAUACUGAAUUCCAAAGUGGAGGCUAAGUUUAUUGGGGAGGUCGUUAUUACUGUUAAUUUCAAUUUACUGGUGAUAUCAACCAGCAGAUAUGAACGCUUGGCUGCACCUGUUGAGUACUGACUACAAGAGGAUGCACACUUAAGUGAAUAAACAGGAGCAAAACAUACCGAGGAGUCAUCAAAGUACACCUAAUUAACUUUGAAUGCAAUGAUUAUGGGAAUAACGAGGAAACCCUCGACAACGAGUCAUUUGAUGUGCAAUUUUGACGAUCCGUCGAAUUGUGAUGACGAUAUUCCAAUGUCUGAAGGAAGAAUGGCCAGUUGGAAUAACCACUUUGGUGAAUAAAGUAUUCGUUAUCCGUGAUAUCAUGUUUUGUAGUUGAGACGCUGUUGAUUCUAGUUGAGUUUAUCAUCAACUCACUUUUGUACUCAAGUACCGUACCUAAUGCAUGAUGCGGAAUGAAUAGACCAUCGAACACCUACGUUAAGAUCGUGUUUUCCAAUGGUAGAUAAAGGGAUGUCUCUCUGGAACAGAUAGAUAGAUUCUACCUGUUUCUUAGUUGGCGGUCGAGAGAGCUUUCAGUUGGAUAAUUUUGAUGGUAAAGAUGGACUUUUGUAGGAAAAAUGAUGGAAAAGAAUCGAAGUAAGCGGAAGGAGAAUUUAACUUGACAGAGAAGAACGUCGGAAGGAAUAAAUUAAUGUACCGGUAGGAGAAGUAUCCAAGUAAAACUAACGUAAGAGUUAAAAUUCAUCAGGACAAGCCAAGAGAAUGUGCCCUGGAAAAAACAAACUUGCAAUACUUGAUAUCAUAUUACUGUCUCUAGGUGGACGGUCAGCAAAAUUUUUUGCUUAUUAAACUCGCCACUCAGGAAAAAUUACAUGAAACUCAAUUGUCAGCUUCAGGUUGUUUGAGUGGGCCAGGGAAAAAACGGUGAAUACCGGUAGCUGCAGUAAUGCCAACGUAUCACAAUGCAAGUGGUGGUUACCCAAACGUAUCAGCGCCAACUCGGCAGGGAAAGGUUGAUGGAAACCAAAAUCAUCAUACAAUAUCAUCGAACGUAACGGCCCAUUCCAUAAUUCAGAACGCUAUUCAAUCGUUGCAAUCGAUUCAAUCAAUGCACUCAACCAUUCCAUCGAUAGCUACGAAUAACUUGACUGGAUCAACCAAUAUGCUGCCACAUCCAGUAUCACCGAUUAUGACAACUCAUUCGUCUGUCACAUCACAGAAUGUACAAAGCCACAUGAGCCCAGUUACUUCACCAGUUAUUUUAACACCAAAUGCCCUACCUAAUGCGAGUAAUUUAACAGCAUUGUCGGCUAGUACGAGACACGAAGUUAAACUUAAUGCUAUGCCAUGGUUUCAUGGGAAAAUUUCAAGAGAAACAGCAGAAAGGCUUCUACGACCUCGUGAGGACGGUCUGUUUCUAGUCAGAGAAUCGACGAAUUUCCCAGGCGAUUACACGCUGUGCGUGUGCUUCCAGGGAAGGGUCCAGCAUUAUCGAGUUAAAUACAAAAAUAAUCAGUUAACAAUCGAUGACGAGGUGUUCUUCGAGAAUUUGGCGUUACUCGUUGAGCAUUAUGAGCAAGAUGCCGAUGGUUUAUGUACACAAUUAACAAAAUCCCUUCCAAAACAGGGAAAACAAGAUUUUUGCGUUGAUCCAAAGGCCUUUAUUGAGGCUGGAUGGGUCAUACAGACACAUGAACUUGAAUUGCGUGAGUGUAUAGGCAAGGGCGAGUUUGGAGAUGUUUUACUCGGGGUUUAUCGGGGUGAACGUGUCGCUGUUAAAAUGCUGAAGGACAAUAGUGAAGCUGCACAGAGGUUUCUCGCCGAAGCAAGUUUAAUGACAUCACUCAUACAUGACAAUCUGGUUAAAUUACUCGGUCUUGUAUUUAAUAAUCAACAUAUGUACCUGGUUACUGAAUACAUGAGCAAAGGAUCGCUCGUUGAUUAUUUGAGAUCAAGGGGAAGACUGCACGUUACCAAAAAGGAUCAGAUUAAUUUUACAUAUGAUACCUGCGCUGGAAUGGCCUAUCUGGAGUCUCGCCACGUUGUUCAUCGUGAUUUAGCCGCGAGAAACGUCCUCGUGGCCGAGGACAACUCAGCAAAAGUAUCGGAUUUUGGUUUAGCACGAGAUGAAAAUUUUUCCCUAGACGGUGGCAAGCUUCCCAUCAAGUGGACAGCUCCAGAAGCUCUGAAGCAAAAUAAAUUUUCAAAUAAAUCCGACAUGUGGAGCUUUGGAAUUUUACUCUGGGAGAUUUAUUCCUUCGGUCGGGUACCUUAUCCCAGAAUACCAUUGGCAGACGUCGUUAAGUGUGUGGAGAAAGGAUAUAAAAUGGAAGCGCCGGAUGGAUGUCCCUCUGAAGUUUAUGACAUAAUGAAACAGGCUUGGGAUUUACAACCGGAGAGGAGACCAUCGUUUCACGAUAUUAAAGUUAAACUCGGUUUUCUGAAGGCUGAGUCCACCAAAUAUGCUAAUUAAACAGAGCUACUUAUACCAUGUGGUUUUUUUUCUAUUAUGCAGAAGCGACAUAUGAGGAAUUACGUCGUCUGGAGUAGAUUGAAUGAAGGGGAGAAUGUUUUAUGAAAUUUCAAUUUUUUAUGGCUUUAUUAGGGUAAUCUGACCAAUGGGCAGAAGAUUCCAUUUGUUUUCUUCAAUUUCCCUCAUUUUAAUGUACUUUGGGCAUUUUUUCAAGUGAAAUUGUCUUCCAGGUUUUACAUUAGAGUUCAGUUAAUUCUAGGCUUUUAGCACUUUUCAGUAAAUUCAAGAAAAUGUUAGGAAAAUAUUCUUGAAAUGUAAAAAAAAUUAACUGAUUCAUAUUGAUCAAAUGAUGAUUAAGAAAAAAAUUUCUCACGCGAUUUUGUUGAUAGAUAUCGUACUAAAUUUUUAGUUUUUUUAUUUCGUUUAUUAAAUUUAACUUGUCCAAAGAACACAACAUUUUACUGGACUAUCUAUUUAUAGGUCAGAUUAAUGUGUUCUUUCGAAAAAACUGGCAAAAUUUUACGGUUAUAUAUCAAUCAGCGGCCCCAUUAAUUUCUCAUUUUCAUUCACUCAUGAUAUCCAACAACCACAUUAUCUAUGUCGAUUGUGCCUUUGUUCACGUAGAUAUUUUUUUAUCGCAAUGAAAAACUCAAAACUCGUACUCUACCAAAUUUGAUGAAAACCCCACAAGACUGGUGACUCAAUUGUUCGAAAAAUUUUUAUUAACCCGUGUCAACAAUUUUUGAAGAAAAAAAAAUCAUAGAAAUAAGUGUAGAAUGGUAUUAAAUUAACCAAUUUUUACAAGACCAAAUUUUUUAUGUUUAAAGCAAUAUAUCAUCACACAAGACUGUUUUCAAAAUUAUGAUUUUACAUUAUAUUUCUAUGGUUUAUUGCAUGAAUAUGUUUCGAUGAUAACUUGUCCUCACGAUGUGGUUAUUCCUAGAGCACAAGUUCCAAUUCCUUCAAAUCUAUGCACAAAAAAAUCAAUUUUAAUCACUUGAAGGAUAAACAAAUGGAUAAGUAGCUUAAUCACAUGCUCAAAAGUCGUCCGUUUUUUUAAAUUUUAAUUUCUUUCAUUACUCCACGUAGAUCUGCUGCGUCAGCGCAAACCAGCGCGAGAUAGAAACGAAAAGAAAUUAAUACUGUAAGUCUCUCACGUUUUUUUUUUUAUCAAAGAAUACACAGUAGUUAGAUUUUUAAGCGGUACUAAAAUUCAAUGAAUGGAUACAAAACUUCCAUCAAGACCCGAGGUAUUUGUCACGAUUAUCAGCGGUGUAUAUUGAAAUGUAAAUAAUUUUGUACAUAAUUAUUAUUUUAAAUCCGGAAUUGGUGAAAUUCCAGAAGAGGGAGGAGAAGGGAAAACGUUGAAAAGUGAUUAGAGAUUUAAAACAAAUGUUCAUAUACCCGUUUAAAGUUCUAAACCUACGUAUAAUGCAUUUCAUGCGAUAGUAACCGAUUGAGAGGACGAGAAAGCAGUUCUUAGGUCCUUUUGGGUAUUUGCCAGCCUAAAGAGACUAAAUAAAGUAAGCCAUCGAAAACUGCUUUGGGUUUUCGAGGGCAAAUUGAAAUUUCCUGGACAAUUUCUGUUCUUUCAGUAGAUCAGAGUCGAAAUAUUAAUAUCACUGAGCAGCUAUGGUUCGAAUGCUUGAUAUACCAACGAGAUAUUUUGUUUAAAUUUCAGUUCACUGAAUUUGAACAAAAGCAAAAAAAAAUGAGAGAAAAAUUUAUCACCGUGACUCUGUGUUGCUGUUGUGGUUUGGAAUUAGAGGUAGAUGUAGAUGAGCGUGUACAUUUAUACUUUGAUAUAAAAUAUUCACUGAGAAUAAUAUUUAUAGAAAGUGUUUCAACAAAAUCCUCGAGCAUUUUUUCUCUCCCAUGCAAUUAAAAAUAUUUGCAUUCAUAUUAGUGAUAUUAUUUCAUGACAAAACUGGAUGAAAGCUCGAAAUUUAAUGGCGUAACACAGAGUCAGAAUUUUUUAUAUAUUGAAAGAAGAUAUUUAUUUUGGUAUUUAAAGCGCUACGAGUUACAUAUUCCAAAUUGCGUUGUGUUGAAGCGUAAUAAUGAGAGAGAAAAUUUCCGUUUCAAUCUUCAAUUGUAAUCCUGAAUCCACUAGAUCGUAAGAAAUUUAAUAUAUAUUAAAAUCGAAUACGCAAAUAUAUAAUUGAAUUGAAAGCAAUAACAA